GAGAGAGUGAGUGAUGGAGUGAGUGUGGUUGCUCACCUGAGAUGGGUCGUCUUGGUGGCGGGGGGGGGAUGUUGAGAGUGUUGUUGGUGUACUUCUGCUGUUGUGAAUGAAUCCGUCGUCGUCGUCGCCACAUCUAAGGACAUGCUCCCCGUCACGCUGCCCUUGCCACGCACGACCAACGAGGAAGCACUGGGAGGCACCGGGACGGACCGACCGCCUUCCUUGCUCGCUCGCUGUCUCUCUUCUCUAUUUCUCUCUCUCGGCUACUCAGAGAGACUCUUUCUUCCCGUUACUACUACUACUGCUCUUCUUCUUUUCCCCCUCUCACCCGCCCACCUCCUAUUUUUACUUCUUCGUUGUUUCGCCGUCGCUUGUUGCUACGGGGACUGCAACUAGGGGGGUUCGUUCUGUAGGCAUUACUGGGUGGUGGUGGUGGCGAGUUGGGGUCGUUGGGAGCGUUCGAGUCAGGGGCGCUGUUGAUGAGCUCGGUGUUGCAAGAUUUAAUUUAGUGGUUCUGGGGCUGUGAGAUUGCAAGAGCUCGGACCAUAGCGGCAUUAACAACUUCGACGGGAUCUGUGUGUGCUACCUUGACACUAGAGUAUGAUGUCUUGUAGAGAGGUGCGAGGUGCCAAGCUGGAUCGCAUGUAUAUCAGGAAGAAACUCAGAGCACUUGUAUAGUGAAAUGAUGACGGAGAGCCCUGUUAUGAUGAUGUCUGGGGGGGAAAGAGGGAACUCGCGAGCCCUCGGAGAGAGUCUGAGGUCUGGGAAUGGAAGUGGUUAUGGCAGCUCACAGGAUUUGGAUGGAAUUACGGAGUUGGGCCGUCUUCUGAAAGGAAGGACAAAGUUCGACAACAUUUUGAACUCUGGACAUGUACCGCAAAGAAGCGGCAGUGCUCCUCCCAGUGUGGAGGGGUCGCUUGCAGCGAUGGGUGGGAUGUUCGACCUGCCAACUAGCCCUAAAGGUGGGCGUUCCCCGAACCUUCAGCCAGGGGAGGAAGAUGUUUUGAAUGCCGAGGAUGCGCAGCGCGCAGAUCCUAGGUACUUGGUAUAUUACUACAGCAAUAUCAACCUGAAUCCGAGGUUGCCACCACCGUUGAUAUCUUGGAACAACUAUCGGUUGGCACAGAGGUUGCAAUCCGGGAUGGGAUCGGGUGGAUUUGGGGACAAGAAGAAAUUACGAUCGAUGGAUGAUAGCAGCAGCAGGUCUUUGUUUUCAACCCAGCCAGUGUUGCCGACACACAGGGAGGAGCCAGAAGUUCAGGAGGAGGAGAUCUCACCGAUGGGCGGUCUUGCGAGAACGGUGUCUAGCGAUUGGGCAGAGAGAGAUAGAGGAGAUGGGUUUAUGGGUCUAUCAUCGGAGUUCCACCCCCGUAACAAGAGCCUAGUAGAUAUGAUUCAGGAGGAUUUUCCUCGAACGCCGUCGCCUGUGUUUCACUUGUCUCGGUCGUCGAGCAGAGCUGCAAAUGAUGAGAAUGAGGCCACAAAUGCGGUACUAGACCUGCAAUUGGCCCACCUGCGAGAGUCGGCUUCGGGAGAGGCGAAUGCUGUGGCAAACGGGAUGGGGUCUCGGAGUACCACCCCCAUUCCUGGUGUAUCGAAUUUGCACCAAGCCUCGGGACCCGCAGCACCUGUACCUAGGAUACCCACACCUGAGAUUUCCCUGUCAAAUAAUGUCCGUUCUGCCAGUCCAAGUUUGGCUAGGAUGGGUUCUGUACCAGGAUUGUCUGGAGGGAAUUUGUCUUUUUCGGGUUCUGAUGCACGGAGCGUAGGGCUGGGUCGUGCCUCAAGUGCUAGUGCUGCGGAUUUCGCUCAGUUUGCAAUGCAGCUGAACAGGUCUGCUAGUGCGAGCACUGCGGAUUUUGAAGCAGCUUUUAAAGGUUUGAGUAUGUCUGAUAUGGAAGAAGCCAUAGCUGCGCGUGAGGGAAAGGAGAUGAAGCAAAAGCAGCAACAACAGCUCCAACAACAGCAGGAGCAACAGCAGCAUCGACAACGGGCUCAGAUUGCUGCACAGGUGCAGGCACAAGCUCAAGUUGCACAAUCAGCCCAGACUUUGGCAUAUUCUCAAGCUUUACAGCAGCAGCAUCUCUACCCGGGUGUAGACCCUGCGUAUCGGGGUCAGCCGAAGUUUGCUGUGGGUAACAUGGCAAGCCAACAAGCUGGGGCAGCUGGGCUCCAACCCAACCUGGGGGCAAAUACUAAUCCUGCGAACAUGUAUGCUGCUGCAGCGGCUGCAAUGUAUAUGGCACAGCAGAAUCUCUACUAUCCGAACAUGAACCCUGCGGCCGUUUAUGGUCCGCAAUAUGGGCUGGGUGGGUAUCCAGUGAAUCCUGCAAUGCUGGCCCCUAUGAUGGCCGGGUACCCACUUCCAAUGUUUGACCCUGCAACUGCAGCUGCUCUUGCGAGCAUGGGCGUGAGAGCUGGGGUCCCUGGAUCCUCCGCUCAUUCAGCGGUGGACAUCCAGAAUCUUUACAAGUAUGCGGGUAGAGCAUUGCCGCAGAUACACGAUCCAAUGUACUUACAGUACAUACGUAUGGCGGAGGAGGCACGGGCGGCGGCAUUAGAUCCUUCAUUGUUGAGGAAUUACAUGGGGGGAGAUCCACUGGACACGGUGAACCUACAGAAAAAGCAGUUGAGUUCGAUGCUGGGAGUUUAUGGCGCGGAGCAGAAGUCGGAGUUUGGGAGGACGGGGACGAUGGGGGUUCCGAUCACGAGCCAGAAGAGUGGUUCAGUGAGCCCAGGGUACUAUGGCAGUCCUCCAGGAGUUCCGUAUAACAAUUCUCCUUUGACGAGCCCGGUGCUUCCGGGAUCGCCAGUGGGUCUAGGAAGUUAUCCCAUACGGCGCGAUGACCGCAACUUGCGUUCCUCCUCAACGUCGAGGACGAGUGGUGGGUACAUGGGGGCUGCGAGCGGCACGACGUAUGGAGGGUGGCAAGGGCAAAAGACGAGCGAGACCCCAGACGAGACCCGGGGAUCGACGUUGCUAGAGGAGUUCAAGAACAGCAAGACGAGGCGAUUUGACUUGUUGGACAUUACAGAGCAUGUUGUAGAGUUCAGUGUCGAUCAGCACGGAAGCAGGUUCAUUCAGCAGAAAUUGGAGACGGCAACUCCGGAGGACAAGAACAUGGUUUUUCAAGAGGUGCUUCCACGGGCUUUGACGCUGAUGACGGAUGUUUUCGGGAACUACGUCAUACAAAAGUUUUUCGAGCACGGGACUCAGCAGCAGAGGAGAGAGCUGGCAAACCAGUUGGUGGGGCACGUUCUGGUUCUGAGUCUGCAGAUGUACGGUUGCAGAGUGAUUCAGAAGGCGCUGGAGGUUGUGGACGUGGACCAACAGACGGUGUUGGUGUCGGAGUUGGAUGGGCACGUGAUGCGGUGUGUGCGCGACCAGAAUGGAAAUCACGUCAUUCAGAAGUGCAUUGAAUGUGUGCCUCCUGCCAAGAUCAAUUUCAUCAUCUCUGCGUUUUAUAACCAGGUGGUAACGCUGUCUACUCAUCCUUACGGAUGCCGGGUGAUCCAGAGAGUUCUGGAGCACUGCACGGACGAGCAGAAGCAGAAGGGGAUCAUGGAAGAGAUUUUACGUUCCACAUGUACGCUGGCUCAGGACCAGUAUGGCAACUAUGUUGUACAGCAUGUGCUUGAGCAUGGACGCGAUUAUGAGCGAACUGAGAUUAUUACAAAGCUGGCUGGGCAAAUUGUACAAAUGAGUCAGCAUAAGUUCGCAUCAAACGUAGUGGAAAAGUGCUUGGAGUAUGGUGGUCCAGUUGAACGGCAAAUAUUGAUCGAUGAAAUGCUUGGCCACACUGAUGAGAACGAGCCGCUUCAGGCAAUGAUGAAAGACCAGUUUGCAAACUACGUGGUCCAGAAGGUGUUGGAAACCUGUGAUGAAUCUCAACGCGAGCUGUUGCUGGGUCGUAUUCGGGUUCACUUGCAUGCAUUGAAGAAGUACACAUACGGCAAGCACAUCGUUGCACGCGUGGAGAAGCUGGUUGCUGCUGGAGAGAGACGGAGUGCUGCCUACAUGGCACACAACAUGUCUAAUUGAAUCUUUGAUGGAUACCAUGGCCUAUGCUGACUUCUUUAGUAAAGGAACAUGUUUCAGGCUGUUUCUUGGAGUACUAGAAGUCAGGUCUUCCCUCGCUCAUUUGUCAUUAAUUAACUUCUUGUGUCGUAAACAACGUGCGAGCGAUCCGAAGAUAGUCGGGCUGUGGUUCAGUGCCCGGGGAAACAUUUGUGAGCAGUAAAUAGUGUAAUGGUGUCGGAUUACACUCAGAUUGUAUUGAUGGUCAGGAGAGACGCGGGGUGAGGGCUGUUGCAGCUCGCAUCGACACGUAUCUUAUGUGGAUUCGUGUCGGAGGCCGGUGUAUUUAUAAGUGAUGGCUCUAGAUAUUUGGAGGUUGGAGCUCUGGGAGUAGUGCUUGUGUUCCGACCUUUCGAUCCUACCCUUCGUUUCUCCUGGGUAGUGUGAUUUAAAGUCAUGCAAUUAGACAUGGAAAAGACGUUUUAAUGGGUACAGUUUAGUGUUAGAGUGAUGAGAAGGAAAGGGUCGAGGCAAGGUUUAGCUGUAACGGGCGUGUAUAAAGAGCAAGUGUUCUUCGUUCCGAAGUGUACAGACUGACGUGUUGGUCUUGUGACGAGGCGUUGGUUUUUGAAGGAUCGGAAGGCGGGUGGUCCUAGGACCCGUUCCAUUCUUGCUAGUGCUGCUGCUGAAGGUUAGUUUUUGUGCAGCGAUUGCGCCAGGGUCCUUUUGAUGUAAAAAGUGCCCCCUUUAGAGGAAGGGCCAGCUGGCAAUGUCUUUAUUCUUUUAGCUUGGUGUAAGGUAUGUCUGAGUACAAAUCUGUUCCUUUAUCCGAAUUUUUAAAUUUGUACUUUGUAUGUAUGCAACUUGUGAACCAUUUUUGUUUAAA